UUGAAAGAAGAGCUUGGUCUCUUUCCUUUAUAAAAGCUCAAUUUCCGAAAGGCAUCUCCAUUGUGUGACACACAAAUAGAGAAAGCACCAAACAGAGAGAGUCACAUGAAAUGGCCACUAAAAGAGAACCCUCGGUUCAUGUAGACGAAGACUACAUCGACAUUGAGCUAAGAUCUUCCCCCAACUUCUCUUACUCCAUUCACAACAGAGAAUUUGAGUUCCAAAAUAAGGAAGAAUCCACAACUUCCCCUGCUGAUGAACUCUUCUACAAAGGAAAACUCCUUCCUCUUCACCUCCCUCCUCGCCUAGAAAUGGUGGAAAAACUCCUCCAGAACGCUGAUGCAACCUUUGGUUUCACAAGAUCACACUCAUCAUUGGAAGAAAGUAGGUUUCUUUCAACAAAUGCCAUCACCCCUCUUGAAUCCUGCAACAUCUCUCCCUCCGAGUCACGCAGGGUUAGUUCUUGCGAAACGCUUUCUUCUGAGUAUCAAUUUGAUUGGUCCUCUGAGAUAGAAGGCUUGGUCAGUGAUCAUCACCAUCUUCCAAAGAAGCAAACCAAGCACUUCUGGCUCGCUCAAAGGCUCAAGGCUUCAAAAACUUACUUCAAAUCUUUGUUCGGCAAAUCUGGCUGCCCAGAUAAGACCUUUGCCGGUGAUGCAACAAGCAAAGUGGGGGCAGUGAAGAAAGCGAAAUGCAAGGAGUGCCAGAGCAUGGAAUACGCGAAGGAUGAUGCCAGGAAAAACAGACACAGAAACAAAAAACCGUUUGAGCUUUUUUGUGACAACAAGCACCGUAGGCAGAGAUCUUGUAUGGUCAAGAACAGUGACGUGGUUGAAGAUGGGUUCACUAACAGCAGCAGAAGGUCUUUCUCUGGGGUGAUUCAACGGCAUUAUGCUUCAAAGGCCUCAUCUUUGUCCUCCUCUUCUUCUGGGUCAUCCUCUUCGUCUUCGUCUUUUUCACUCAGUUCAGCUGGGUCUUAUGAGUUGCAGUUGUUCAACAGGAGUAUAAGUGCGGAGCUGGAGAAUUCAAUCGAGAGUGCCAUCGCUCAUUGUAAAAAGUCCCAGGAAAAGGGUGGUUCGACCAAUGUUUGUUCAAAAUCUGCAGUUUGUGGAAAUAAGGAAUUGAUAAGAAGCACUUGGGUGAACCAGCGAAGGGAAAGUGCGAUUGUUAAAAGGAACGACUUUCUCAUUUGAAAUGUAACUGUGUGUUAAAAGAGUUUGAUGCUUGAGUAAAUAGCUUGGUUUGAAGCAUUAAUUUGUUAAA